UGCAUCAGACUCGCAUCACUUCAGUACGGUAUACGAACAAGCUCACGGAACCAAUAUUCAGACUUUGAGCGCCGAGUGUAAUUUAAAGGUUGAAUCUCUUUGCCUUCUGUUCCACGCAAACCAUCAUGUCGUCAGGAUAUACACAGUUCCAGAAUGAGGCUGAAGCUCCGGGGCCCACCUAUCCGCCCAGCCAGCCCCAACCUGAACAGGGCUAUGGCCCGCCGCCCCAAUACAACUACCCAACCUAUCCUGCUGGAAAUGCAGUACCGAUGGUUCAGGUAGUAGCACCAGAGCCUCAAACCAUCGUAUCCACCACCACUACCUGCCAGCCUCAAGAUUACUUCGGAUUGGCGCUCUUUGUGACCAUCUGUUGCUGCCUGCCCCUCGGCAUUGUGGGAUUGAUCAAGGCCAAUGACGUGCGCAACCGGUUCCUCGUCGGGGACAUCGCCGGCGCCGAGGAGGCCUCCAGGCAAGCCAAGACCUACUCUUUCGUGGGUCUUGGCAUCGGCAUUGGUUCGAUUGUCGUAAGCAUCAUUACUGUCAUUAUCAUUGUGGUAGUGUACGCGAGUGAGGCAAGUUAUGUUACCAGUGAAUACUACGGGUGAGGAUAUGUUCUGAUGACAUUGGAGAUCUUGUGAGAGUUGAGGGUGGAAAAAUAUGUUUAUUUCCUUUUUUUUUCUGUGAACUUUUUGAUUUUUUUUUUAAUAUGUCAAGGCCUUGGAGGUAUUUUGAAAAGUCCAGUUUUCUUUUUCUUUUCUGUGUUUUUUUUUAAAAGUAGGCCUAUGCUUGUUAUGUCAUCUUCCAGUCGCUCAAAACAUGCUGAAAAUAGGGGGAGGGGACAGUUAUAGUUCAAAGUGGGGAGUGGGGGAGCAUUCAGUUUUGGGGUAUGUAAAUCUGUGCUAAUCGUUUCUACUUUUAAUGUUCCUGUAGAU